GCGGUGCUGGUGCAGAAGCGUGAUGCGCACAUUGAAGCAGCAAUUGCAUAUGCCAUUCGAUGGAUCAAUGAACAAAAUAGUGAACAUCUGGAAUAUUACAUAGAAUAUGUCCAUCCUGCUGACUACUACGACGGCGUUAUAAAAGCAGAUAAGGGCGUACGGCAGUUAUGGGCAGAUAAUGCAAUAUUUGGCGUAGCAGCAAUCUUACCUACUACAGAUUUGAUCACUGCUGAAGUAAACAUUUUUCAGCAUGCUCUUUGUUCGAAGCUCGGAAAAUUGUGGCCCUAUUCGGUUCGUCCUCAUCAGUCCUCAACGAACAUGUCGAAAAAGUUGCCACUGAGGUAA